AUGAAAGUACCAUCCCUGGAUGGUCAGCCAAGCCACUCACCGGAAGCCCUUGCGGCGCCAGGGGACCAUAGUGCCCUGGGAGAGAGUAAUCACCACUCGGCCUGGCUGUUCGUACUCAACGCGGAACUGGGUGUCGACUUCAACAGGAGUGCCGUCUUCAAACUCAACGAUGGGUCGGACGCUUGGGUCUGGCUUCAGAGCACUGCAUUCCAAACGCACUGUCUGCCCAGGCCUUACUCGCUGCUCGCUGGGGCUGAAACGCACGCCUGA